AUGGCUGAAUGUAAAGAAACCGGUGGUGAAAGAAUAGAUGAAUCAGUUGAACAUAAAAACGAUGCCGACGAGAAACCAGAUUUUCAGUUUGAACGUAUGGUACACAAAGGAGAAGCAAUGUUUAAAUGUGAGAUUGACGAUAUUAAACGAAUGGAGACGAGGGAAGACGAUAUUUGGGUGUGCAGUUUCUCCAGAUCAGGGACAACGAUGACGCAGGAGAUGACGUAUCUAGUACAAACAUUGGACUUUAAAACGGCUCGCACGGUUUAUCUUGACGACCGUUUCCCAUUGCUAGAGUUAAAAGACGACAGGUUCCCGUUUUAUAGAGGUGUAAAAUACGCUGACCAAAUGAAGUCACCUCGUAUGAUAAAAUCACAUCUUCACCACUUCUUGUUGCCUAUUCAGUUACAGGAAGGAAAAGGCCGGAUUAUUUACAUUGCUAGAAAUCCAAAAGAUAUUGCAACUUCAUUCUUUAGACUGAUGAAAUGGUUGGGUGGUCUUAAAGAUGACGAAAACACAUUUGAGAACUUUGUAGACGCAUUUGUCAACGGAACUGGUAAAUUUCAUUGUACAUCGAUAAUGACCUUUUUAGCGCAUGUGCUGAUAUUAACUAAGAAGAGCUAUACCUUUCUAGAAGAGGCACAUGAACCGUGA